AUGUGGAAGGUAUCCUGUCUCAUCAUCAUCGUGUUUAUACCUUGGAUCGGGCUUUUUUUCUUGUUCUUUGCAUAUGUUGGAAGACCAUUGCGGGCUAUAUCGACCAUGACUUACGGACGGAAGAAGAUAUGCAUUCUGGGGUUUACAGUUUCGUUUCUUGCUGGAGUUCACUUUGUUGCCCGAGUUUUCAUCGUUGUUGAGGCUUUCAUCAGUCUUAGGCAGGUCCCUAUCGGUGUCUACUCGAUGCCGUCUUGGAUCCAGAUGAUUCCUCACCUUUGA